UCGCCCAUCGACAGUUUGAUUCAAGAAAACACGACGACGACGUAUUAUAGACGCAGAAAUAUUAUGGCGGGAAAACCUUUAAGGCUUUUCAAUGUGAUACAGUGUUAGGGUUCUUCAGUCGAAGCGAAUUGUCGCAAUCAAGAAGAUGCCGAUUUACAAAAUUAGGGGAAUCGAUGUCGAUUUCCCUUACGAGGCUUACGAUUGCCAAAUCGCUUACAUGGAAAAAGUUAUUCAGUCCCUUCAAAAUAGAUCUAAUGCAUUGCUUGAGAGUCCAACUGGGACUGGGAAGACCUUGUGUCUUCUUUGUGCCACAUUGGCUUGGAGGAAGAGUUUGGGGGGUUUCUCAGUCCGGAAGAGUGGAAGGAGAGAUCAUAUUUCCAGUAGCCAGCAGUCUGAUGAGUCUUCUCAAUCUGAAUCUUCAACAUUACCGAGUAUUGUAUAUGCAUCACGCACACAUAGCCAAAUUCGACAAGUGGUGAAAGAGUUAAAGAGGACCAACUAUAGGCCCAAAAUGGUAGUCUUAGGGUCUCGGGAACAACUAUGCAUUCAUGAGGAAGUGAGUCAGCUGCGUGGAAAAACACAGACAAAUGCCUGCCAUGCACUUUGCAAAAAACGCAAAAAACGUUACUGUGCCCAUUUUUCUCGAGUUGCAGAGUUCAUGAAGAUUAACCCUAGUAUCGGAGAGGAGCCUAUUGACAUAGAGGAUUUGGUCAACAUCGGAAGAAGCAGUGGACCGUGUCCAUAUUAUGUAUCACGAGAACUUCACAAGACUGUGGACAUAUUAUUUGCGCCUUACAAUUAUCUUAUUGAUCGCGGAUACAGAAAAUCUUUGAAUAUUCAGUGGACAAACAGUAUACUUAUAUUUGAUGAAGCUCAUAACUUGGAAAGCUUGUGUGCUGAUGCAGCCUCUUUUGACCUUUCUUCUGGCCUUCUGACAGCUUGCAUCUCUGAAGCUAAAAAUUGUAUAGACCUUUCGAUAGAAAGGAGGGAGAUGUCAAGUGACAAAUCAUGUAAUCCCGAUAACUUUGCCAUUCUCAGAGCACUUCUGUUGAAGCUUGAGAAAAAAAUUGGUGAAGUACCUAUUGAUUCAAAGGAGUUGGGUUUCACGAAGCCUGGACCAUACAUUUAUGAGUUUCUUGCUGAUCUAAAUAUCACACAGAAAACGGCCAACAUGCUCAUUGAUAUAAUUGAGGAAGCUACUGUACUUCUUGAAGAAGAUACAAACACUGCUGAAGAUAAAAAAACAAACAAGUCAAAAAGCACAGUCUGCAGAUUGGAAAGCAUGGGUGACAUUCUACAGCAGAUUUUCAGAGAUGAUGGGAACCCUCAUGCUCAAUACUAUCGUGUUCAUGUUCAGGAAGUUCAAGGAAAUGGCAUGGAUUCUUUUAAAGGCAAGGGAUCUAGGACACUGAGCUGGUGGUGUUUCAAUCCAGGUAUUGCAAUGGAGCAGUUCUCCAGAUUAGGUGUUGGAUCUAUCAUUUUGACUUCUGGCACAUUAUCUCCAAUGGAUUCCUUUGCUGAUGAAUUGAAGUUAGAUUUUCCAGUCCGUUUAGAGAACCCUCAUGUUAUAUCAGACAAUCAGAUAUGGGCUGGUGCUGUACCCGUGGGCCCUUCUGGUUAUACAUUCAACUCAUCAUAUAGGACGCGUGAUUCUAUUGAAUACAAGCAAGAGCUUGGGAAUGCCAUUGUCAAUUUUGCUCGCGUUGUACCAGAUGGCCUUCUUGUAUUUUUUCCUUCAUAUUACAUUUUGGAGCAAUGCAUUGGCUGCUGGAAAACUUUGGGACAAUCAAUCUCAAUGGGUUCAAGCACAAUAUGGGAAAGGAUAUGCAAACACAAGCUGCCUGUGGUUGAACCGAGACAGUCUUCCCUUUUCCCAACGGCAAUUGAAGACUAUAUGGCCAAGUUAAAGGACAAAUCAGCAUCCGGGGCUGUAUUUUUUGCCGUCUGUCGCGGAAAAGUGAGUGAGGGGCUGGAUUUUACUGACCAUGCUGGUAGAGCUGUUGUGAUCACUGGCAUCCCCUUUGCCACAAGGACUGAUCCUAAGGUUCGGUUGAAACGCGAAUUCCUGGAUCAACAGAUGGCCUUGCAACCAACUGGAUCUAAGCAGGUCUUAACAGGAGAAGAUUGGUAUACUCAACAAGCAACCAGGGCAGUUAAUCAGGCUGUGGGCCGUGUCAUUCGUCAUAAAGAUGAUUUUGGAGCAAUUAUAUUUUGUGAUGAAAGAUUCACAUACUCCAAUCGUCAGUCACAGAUAUCACGUUGGAUACAACCCCAUAUCAAGUGUCAUUCCAAAUUUGGGGAAGUAGUCUUCUCAUUGACACGCUUUUUUCGUGAUGGAAGAAUCCAUGGCCCUACAAAGCCAGAAAUGAUGCUACCAGAUGACAAGGAAACAGUAAAGAGCGUAGGAAGCUCUCAGUCUCAACUUCACUUUGAAAAGCUUCUCACCUCUCUGGUCUCAUCAGUGGAUAUUCCUUGCUCUACUAAUCAAUCGUCUUCCUCAGUUAAGCAAGGCAACGGCCCUGGUGGGCUGGAAGACAUACUUCCUGCUAAUAAAUCAUCUCUUAGAUCUGAUAAGAUAGCUAAGCUUCUGGCCGUAAAACAUGCAAGUAAUUUAUUGGUCCCUGGGCGAAAAGACAUGCCAAUUAGCAAUCAGAAAAUAAUUGACUUGACCAAACAUGAAUUGGCUGAUGAACCACCAAAAGAUGUUUUUGCACCUUGUUCUACGAAGAGGCCUCGGUUAGCAUUGACAGGAUCUGAUUGUCAAAGCGAUCAUUUUCGAAAGCCUCAUGAUAGUCCUGACUGUUCCUCAGUUGCCCAUCACCUGCUGUCUGAAAGUGACUUUAGAUAUUUAUUGAAUAAUAAGAAGUCACAGUAUUCUGAUAACCAAAGUACACGAAACAGUAAUUUAGAUAGAGCAAACCUUCUUGAAGAUGAGAGGACAUCACGAAAAACCGCAGGAUUAGUUGACCUGCAAAAUGAAGACGGCAUUCUUAGCUCUGCACCUUGCAAUAAUGAGGAGAAAGGAUCAGCUUUUCUUGUUCAGGUCAGGGAAAAGCUUACUGAUACAGAAUACCAUGAAUUCGUUGGGUAUAUGAAGUCACUCAAGUCUAAAGCAAUGAAGAUAGGCCAAGUUCUUCAAUCUAUCACAAGAUUAUUUUCUCUUCCUGAUAGACUACCUCUCCUUCACAGAUUUAAGGAUUAUGUUCCCGCGAAGUACCAUUCCUUGUAUGAUCAGUAUUUAAAAAGAAAUCAGGAAGUAGCUCACUUGUGAUGUGCAAAGUCAUCUUUAUAAAGUUAAUGAGUUCUCCGAUCUAAUGAGGAAAACUCUCAUACUCCUCCCCAUUCCUAGGCAGGCACACAGCCAUAAAGUUAGCCAGUGAGUAGUGCGUCCAUGUGAUGGAUAAGGCAAGGAACAAGAGUAGAAGAGGACAGAAGCAGAGUAUACAUAUCUUGCUAAAUUCGAUAUUCUUGUAAUAUCGCACUUAAAGGGAAAACGCCAAGUGAUUUUUCUCAUAUAUUUAACCAUUGGUGGUGUGCUGAUGAAGGUGGUAAGUGCCCAAUGAAAUAGUCGGGAUGCGUGGAAGUUCAACUGAACACCGUUGUAAAAAAAAAGGUGUAUAGAAGUUCAAUGUUUAAUGCUCUGUAGUUGGGAAUUCCAAUCACAAACUGGAAUACCAUCUACAGGCACUUGAUUUUUGAACUAUUUAAUCCUUAAGAUUGGAUCGAACUGUGCAUAGCGUGACUGUUACUCCAGUAGUUUGGGUGGAUACCUUUCUUUUGCAUCCAUUUGAAAUACCAUUGGAACAACAUAAUAUUUUAUGUUCUUUACCAUUUGAGGUUUAUAAAGAGAUUUCGAAAUUAUAAAGAACUGUUGUACUUUUUCUGUUAA